GUUUUGGAGCAGUACAAGGAAAACGAAAUUUGCUAACCAUAUCUCAAGCCCACACUGUUCAUGUGAGCUUUGAGAGCCAUGUCGUGAAGGUCAUGGCCAUUUAUUUAUCAACGAGUUUCACAGACGCCAAUUGAGUGAACAUCCAUGGGAAGACUUUCCCUUCACUGGUUUUGCAUAUAUAUGUACUGCCUUGGGAACCUAAUGGUGGACACUUUCGCGCCUGCGUAUUUCAAGAGACUUGAUAUGAAGAAUGGGCAGAUUGAAGCCAGCGUAGAGAAAGAGAAAAGCGCCGGAACUAAAGGCGAUGCUCUUGUUCAUAGAUCAUUGGAUUCUUCUAGUUCAUCUCAUCAACUCUUUCGUCAGAGUCAUUUCACAGUAUUGGAGAUGGGGACCAUAGUGCAUUCAGUGAUAAUAGGAGUUUCUUUGGGAGCAUCUCGGAGUGUUCAAGUCACAAUGCCACUUGUUGCUCCUUUGACCUUUCAUCAAUUCUUUGAGGGCAUGGGCCUUGGAAGGUGCAUCACUCGGAUAGCAUGAAGAAGAGAAGAAGCAACUCACAAUAAGAGGAAACCAAAAUUGUGCUCACUUAGAUAAAAUGGCAGCUUUGAUGCAAUGCCUAGUCGUUACUCAGAUCACCAUUCGCUCCACCUUCGACCGACUGUAAGGCACUUUGAAGUCACUCAAACCUCAUUGCUCAAGACUCGUCGAUCACAACUCAUCUGAUUAAGGCACCUAAUGAAGAGAUGAUGUUGUCUUUCUCAAGACUUAUUGCUCACAACUUGCAUACAGCCAUUGAUACUCCAUUGAAAACGUCCCUCACCACCAUGUUCUAGUCUUCUCUUGUUCAAGUUGUGUGAAGAAUAGAAAACAUGUUAUUUUCCUUUUUAAAUUUUUUUGUUUAAGAUAGGUGUUGCUCACCGCAAGUGCAUGGAUCGUAGCAAGUAAUAUAAAAUGAGUAAAAUAUCGUUU